GAGACCGGUCCUCCGGAGAUGUGAGGGGAGUUUCACACUUUGAUCGGCCAAAACAAAUAAAGAAGCGCGCCCGAGGAUAGCGGAGGCCAAAACAGGACGUCUGGAUUAUAUUUCAGCGAGCUGAAGCCAACACAGUCCACAGAUGAGCAACAGCAGAUGAUCUUGAUGCGGUCCAGUCAGCUGGUGAAAGAGGAGUGACCACUUCAUCCUCCUCUUGUUGCACUCCAUCGAGAGGCCAGUGAGGCUGAAGUGUCCCUUCAGCCCGCCUCACUCUGUCACCAUUUCCUCUCUGAGUUGGUCCCCCAGAAGCGUUUCAAAACUGUUUCUCCAACGCUUUUUCCAGAAACUCAGACUGUUUUCCAAAGCAGAAGCAGCACAGCCCUCCCAGACUGAGGUGAUGGGAAGCGUGCGAGCCAGCCGCUACAGCAUUGUGUCAUCAGAGGAGGACGGCAUGAAGCUUGCCACUAUGGCAGUACCCAACGGCUACGGGAACGGCAAGAGCAAGGUUCACACGAGGCACCAGCCGCAGAGCAGAUUUGUAAAGAAAGACGGUCACUGCAACGUGCAGUUCAUCAACGUGAGCGAGAAAGGUCAGCGGUACUUGGCUGACAUCUUCACCACUUGCGUGGACAUCCGCUGGAGGUGGAUGUUCAUCAUCUUCUGCCUCGCCUUCCUGCUGUCGUGGCUCUUCUUCGGCUGCGUCUUCUGGCUGGUGGCCAUUUUCCACGGGGACUUAGAGAACGACACCCAGAAGUGCGUCUCCAAUGUGAGCAGCUUCACCGCGGCCUUCCUGUUCUCCAUUGAGACUCAAACCACUAUUGGCUACGGCUACAGAUACGUGACAGAUGAGUGCCCUGUGGCUGUUUUCAUGGUGGUUUUCCAAAGCAUUGUUGGCUGCAUUAUUGACGCCUUCAUCAUUGGUGCCGUCAUGGCAAAGAUGGCAAAGCCCAAGAAGAGGAAUGAGACUUUGGUUUUUAGCCACAAUGCCACGGUGGCCAUGAGGGACAACAAGCUCUGUCUGAUGUGGCGUGUGGGGAACUUGAGGAAGAGUCACCUGGUUGAGGCGCAUGUGCGGGCACAACUUCUAAAAUCCCGUACAACGGCAGAGGGCGAGUACAUCCCGCUUGAUCAGAUGGACAUAGAUGUGGGCUUCGACAGUGGAGUCGACCGCAUCUUCCUGGUCUCCCCCAUCACCAUCGUCCACGAGAUCGACGAGGACAGCCCCUUCUACGACAUGAGCAAACAGGACCUGGAGAACUCAGAGUUCGAAAUCGUUGUCAUCUUGGAGGGAAUGGUCGAGGCAACUGCCAUGACCACGCAGUGCCGCAGCUCCUACAUCGCCGGCGAGAUCCUCUGGGGCCAUCGGUUCGAGCCGGUGCUCUUCGAGGAGAAGAACUACUACAAGGUGGACUAUUCCCGAUUCCAUAAGACAUACGAGGUGCCAAGCACCCCACUGUGCAGCGCAAGAGACCUUGCAGAGAAAAAAUAUAUUCUCUCAACCUCCAACUCCUUCUGCUACGAAAAUGAGAUGGCGCUGGAGAACAAAGAGGACACGGACGAGGGGAACGGGGGCAGCGUUGGGCCCGACGGCACCCAGACGGACAACAUCUCAGAGAACGAGCACAGCCAAGCCACGGUGCCGCUGGAGCCCCGGCCUCUGAGACGAGAAUCAGAAAUAUGACUGUUCAGACCUCAGACCUCACGUAAGGAGAUUCUCUAAAAUCACCUCUCUGCUCCAAAAGGCACAACGAGCCGAGCUGGGCCUUGGGUAGAAGACAAGCCGAACGGUACUGCUGUGGGAAGCGGCAAGCUUUAGGACCUUGUAUGUAGGAGUCUGUUUGAACUUUCACUACAUACAGUAUGACAAAACACAGCACUAUGACGAACCACGUGCAUAUUGCAGGAAGAAUUCUCCAAGAAGUCCCCAUGAAUGUGUGCUCAGUGUCUGGUGACUGCAGGACGACGGAGAGGGAGGUUGUUGUCGAGAUGACUUGAAAACUGCAGGCAUGUCUCAGUUUCUCUGGCCGGCAUGAACAAGACGCUGUCAGAACGGUAGUUUUUAGAGUUAGAACACGUUCUCAAGUGCUGCUAGUUAAACUUUUCUCGUAGGACACAACAGGUAGAUGUCUGGAACAAAGGUACAAGUAGAGUAUUUGUUCACGAGCUGGUCUCACAGCAGACAUCGAAGUAAAGUCGAAAUAAACUGCACCAAAAGCUUCCUUGACUUGUAGAGAACUUUUAGGACUUGACAGCACUGAUUUUUUUCUGAUCUUCUGCUUUAAUCCUUUGCUGUUGUUGAUCUGAGAGUCUGUUCAUUGCUGGUCGGACCGAUAGAAACAUGCCUGCUCGUGUCAAGAGAUAGAGCAGGGUAGUAUUAACGGCAUCAAACUGACAGAAAAAUCUAAUUUAAAGAGAGACCGGGGUAACACGAGAAUCUGAAUGUUCUUAAAAGUGCUGCUAUAAUAAUGUUGCUUUUUUUGUUUCCUUACUUUUUUUUUUUUUACGGUUGAUAAAAAAUGCCAAAGAGUAUUAUUAUCAUAGUUACGUGUGUCUUUAAAAAAUAAAACAACACCUGGUUAGAUUUGGUACAAAGAAGUAGAGCGUUUAGGGAGUUUUAAUGAAGUUUGUUUUUCAAGAAUGUGUGUACAGUUUAUCAGUUUUAUUAUUUUUUUUAAACGUCGAUCAUCGUUAUCUUGAGCCACUUCAUCAAGCCUUAAUCUGGAGAGUCAAACGAGCGAGAAGAUGUGUGAAUCAACCGAGGUGGCAAAGACUAUUUGUGUAAUAAUUCAGUCUCAUCUGGAGGUUUUUCUUGGUGUCAACUUGAACCAAAAGCUCAACUUUUUUAAAUUAUUAUUAUUAUUAUUUUUUUUUUUUUAAAAACUGCUUUAAAGGUUAUAAAUAUGAAGUGGUAUGUUUUUAGCGAACUCCUUUCUAACAUCUGAUUCUGAUACAGUGUUAUGAUCGGAGGCUGUUGUCAUGAAGAAAUAUCAAAUCUCCGGUGAAACAUCUUCCCUUUUUUGCUGUAUCAUCAACACUACUUGAGUUUUCAUUCUCUGUUUUAAUCCUUGUUUUACUCGAGAAUGUAAGAUUUGAGAAAAGCCUAGGUCAAAGCCAAGUGUACUGUAACCCCGGCAUAUGAAGGUGUACUGCACAAAAUACAAAUUUAUAUCCUGUAUCUUUUUUUUUUUCUUUUUUUAAGAGAAACCGUGACAGAAGGCCUCUCGUCUCCACAGAUCCUCACAUGUGUAAAUACCUCCCUUUCACCCUGUUGCAGUUAUUUUGUAUCAGUCUUCCAAAUGUACUGCAAAACCAUGGAAUGUACAGAUUUUUGUAUUAAUAUUAUUAUUAUUAUUAAUAUUAUUAUUAUUAUUGUACAUGAUAUGAUAUUGUUCUUUUUUCAAUAAAAUGUCAGUGGACGAUCAGAAUCACUGAA